AUGAUGGCUGCAGGGGAGCAGAAGAAGGACACACACUUCAUCGACGAGACCUGUUCAAUCAAAGAAAUUCUACACGUCCAAGGGAUUCGGGACUUGGCUGACAAAUUUCUGCUGGAUCUGCGAGUAAAUGGAAGGAAAAUGGUUUUCGAGGUAGACACUGGCUCUCCUAUUUCACUGAUCAGUGCCGCGGACAAGAAGUAUCAUUUUCCGCACCUGGCACUAAACUCUACCAGUACUCAGUUAGUGAGUUAUUGCGGUGCAGACAUUAACGUUCUAGGUAAGAUUUACGUCGAUGUUAUUUCAAAUGAUCAGGAGUGCAGAUUGCCUUUGCAUGUCGCGGAUUCUAAAAGACACCCACUACUAGGUCGCGAUUGGUUGCUCCAAUUGAAUCUUGAUUUCAAUCGCGUUUUUAAACCGGGUGUUCAUUCUAUUACUGGUUUUCAAAGUUUUGAACAACAAACCGUCACUGCGCUCAAGGAUAUUUUGGCAAAAUACUCUUCCGUUUUCGAUGGUAAUGUUGGGAAAAUUUCGGGUGUUCAAGCGUCUUUCAAUCAGCGUGCCGAUUCCAAGCCAGUCUACAUAAAGGCAAGGCCUGUUGCGUUUGCUGUUCGUGAUGCUGUCGGUGAAGAGAUCGACAAAUUCGUUGAAGCUGGCAUUUGGGAGAAAGUCGAUCAAUCGGAUUGGGCUACACCUAUCGUUCCAGUUUGCAAAGCCGGUGGUAAGGUUAGACUAUGCGGCGACUACAAAAUUACUGUGAACCCUUCUUUGUUGAUCGAUGACCAUCCACUUCCUACGGUGGAGGAACUGUUCGUAUCCGUUGCGGGAGGAGAACGAUUUUCUAAAAUUGACCUGUCCCAAGCAUACUUGCAGUUGGAAGUGAGAGAAGAAGAUAGAGCUUUACUAACCUUGAGUACUCACAAGGGGUUGUUCCGGCCGACAAGGCUUAUGUACGGUGUGGCUUCCGCGCCCGCUAUAUUUCAAAGACUCAUGGAGCAGAUCCUGCUGGGUAUACCAGGUGUCACGGUGUUCAUCGACGAUAUUCGUGUCACGGGUCCCGAUGAUAGGUCCCAUUUGCAAAGGUUGGAUGAAGUACGAUCAGCUAGGAGUUCAUAA